CAAUAUUAAGUCCAUGCAAAACCACUCACACAAAAUCUAAGGUAAGCCAAAUGUCAGGUUGUACUUCUCCCACGUGGCACUUCCAAAUUCUACUCUUGAUCACAGCCACUUAUCCCUAAUCUUAUUUUCCACCUCAAAUAAAUUAUUUUAAACUCUCUCCUCUACACUCUACAUAAUUCCAUUCACAAAGUCUCAACAGUAAAGCUGCAUAUGUCACAUGCAUACAUGCUCAAACAUAGAAUAAAAAUCAUCAACAACAUUAUUAUUACUAAUAUAAUCAUAACAUUAUGAUGGCAAAAUUACAAGCAAAUCAUCAAAUUAUCAAUUACAUCUCUAUAUUUGGUAAGUCCAAGUUAUUAUUAUACCCAGUUUUAAUAACAACAUCAAAUCUCCAACAACAAAAGUGUCUUACACUUAGAAGUAGGUUACUAAAAAUAGAAUGUAAUGUUAGUGAUAAUAGUAGCAGUGCUCUGGUGCAGCAGUGUGUACCUGAUACAAAUGAGGAUUUAGAGAUGAUGAUGAUUGAUCAGACGGCUGAGAUUGAAAGUAGAAGAAAAACUGGUGUAUAUGAUGAUGAGUUUGAUGAUAAUAGAGAGCUUGAUUAUUUGGUGAAAGAGUAUGGGUGGAAUGUAAGGAGAAUGGUAGAAAUAAAUGGUGAGAUGAGAAAAGUUGCUCUAAUUCAAGCUCAAGCUUUUCAUGAUCCUGCUCCUUUUUUUGAUGAUUGGUUUUUUCAAUUUUUCAAGGCUGAAGUUCUUGCUGGACUUAUUUAUAGAUUAGGCAACUCUCCUCCAGACAGGUAUGCAUGUCUGGUGGCAGAGCCUGCAAAGGAGUAUGAUAAGGAUACUUCAACAAAGUCUCAGCCACAACAAGAUCAACUUGUGGGUGUAGUUGAUGUCACUGUUUUAAGAGACAAUGAUGUGCUCCAACACCUUGAAGGAGCUGAGGAGUAUCUCUAUGUUUCGGGAAUUGCCGUUUCCAAUGACUUCAGGAGACAGAAAGUAGCAACUGUGCUGCUGAAAGCUUGUGAGGUAAUAGCAGUGUUGUGGGGUUAUGAGUAUCUAGUGCUAAGAGCUUACGAGGAUGAUUGGGGCGCUCGUUCAUUAUACACCAAUGCCGGGUAUAAACUAGUAUGGAGAGACCCUCUUUGGGUCACUUGGAUUGGAAGAAAACGUCGAAUACUCAUGACCAAAAGAUGUUGCUAGUUUUGUUAGCUUCUCUUCCGAUUCUAGUAAGAAAUACACAGCCUUAUACACUUCAUCAAAUUAGAGUGUCUCGAUUUUCAUUCGUCAAAUGUCUGUUGCUUAUACUUUGUAGGGAUUGCCUCAUCCAUUGGAGAAAUGUGAGGUUGGAAAGCAUUGUAUAGUACUGAUUUGGAAAUGGUAAAGAUCAUGCUAUGUGUUUUCUUUUCUCCAAAUUAACUUGUAGUAAAGUUUGGCUUAGUUUCAAUCUUUUAUAGUUGCAAAGCAUACCCAAAUGAAAAUUGAAAUCACAUGUAUAUACACCUUUGUUUCUUUUCUUUCUUUAAUUAAA